CGGCGCUGAGGUUGUCCAGGUCGAAAAUGGCGGCGGCGGCGGUAUCUGUGUCCCGGCUGUCUGGGCUGCUAGGUCGUUCCGGGGCACAGCUGGGGCGUUCCAUGUCGAGUGGCGCCCACGGCGAGGAGGGCUCAGCUCGCAUGUGGAAGGCUCUCACCUACUUCGUAGCGCUCCCUGGCGUGGGUGUGAGCAUGCUGAAUGUCUUCCUGAAGUCGCGUCAUGGAGAGCACGAGAGACCCGAGUUCGUCGCCUACCCCCAUCUCCGCAUCAGGUCCAAGCCCUUUCCCUGGGGAGAUGGUAAUCAUACUCUAUUCCAUAACUCUCACAUGAAUCCACUUCCAACCGGCUAUGAAGAUGAAUAGAGAGAACCUGGACCACCACCCAGUGGGGACCACAGCACUGGUUUGGACCAUGACUCUGCACACGGACCAGAAAAAUCUAUGGGACCUUAAGCUCACCUUCUUUACUUGUAUCAAAUGAUGACCAGUAUACUGAUCUUCCAUCCCUUUGCUUAUGGCAGGAGAUGGCUUAAAUAAAUAACUUAGAUUGGUCCAUGA